AUGCACAGGGCAUCAGUCAAGUCCUCAGUGCUACUUCUCUUGAUUCUUCUGCUGUCUAUUUUCCUUAGCAUGCCAAAAAAUGUUCCUCAUACUCAGGCUCCUCAACGAAUCUUUGGUGCCUUCCAAGUUCCUUGUGGACGUGCUGGGUGCAACUGUUUUUUCAAAACCACUGCCAGACAUACCAAACAUGUUCUCUCUGCCCACCCCAUCAUAUCUCUACCAUCUCCAGACCCACAAAUAAAUGAUCCUACAAGCGCAGUGGAUGCUGAUACCUUUCAGGGUGAAGCUGAGCCAGAUCAUAGCACCUGGCCCACUGAUGAGGAGUUAAGAACUUCUGCUUCUUCUCCUCCUCCCAAUGUACAUGCAGAGUUUUUUGGACCUGGAAACUCACUCUACUGCAAUUACCAUCCUUCAUUAGAUGACCACAAAGACCUCCAUGAAACAAUUGACUCCAUUCCACUGGGUGAUGUGAAGUGGGAGGGCUUUUCAUGCACAUACACAGGUGAGAAACCUGACAGCGAUUACCCACCCUGGAUGGAAGUUAUUCACAACAUGUUGGCGAACCCUGCAUACUCCGACGAAAUGGACUAUCAGCCUUAUUGGGAGUACUCGACCAAUGGAGAUGAACGGCAAUGGCAAGAUUUCAUGUCAGGUGAUUGGGCUUGGGAUCAGGCAGACAUCAUUGCUGGAGACCCAGAGACAAUUGGCUCAGCAUUUGUACCUGUCAUCCUCAGAAGCAACAAAACAACAGUUUCUGUUGUGACCUGUAAUAAUGCAUAUUAUCCACUCUAUCUUUCUAUUGAAAAUGUUCAUAACAAUGUUUGCCGUGCACGUCGGGAUGCAGUUACAAUCAUUGGAUUCCUUGCAAUGCCGAAAACUACAAAGGAACAUGCUGCUGAUCCACAAUUUCGCAAAUUCCGUCACCAAUUAUUUCACUCCUCACUAUCCAAGAUACUCGAAACACUUAGGCCUGGGAUGACGAAGCCAGAAGUCGUGAAGUUCGGAGAUGGUCAUUUUCGGUGUGUAAUCUAUGGCUUGGGGCCGUACAUCGCUGAUUAUGAAGAACAAGUGCUCCUUACAUGUAUAGUUAGCUGCUGGUGUGCAAGAUGCUGUGCACCUCAUCCAAACCUUGAUACUCCCGCACUUGACCGAUCUCAUGACUACACUGAGGCCCUGUUUGAAGUGGGUACACUUGGCGAACUGUGGAUGGAAUUUGGAAUAGUUGGUGACUUGGUCCCUUUCACAAAUGAUUUUCCAUGUGCCAACAUUCACCAACUGAUUGCUCCUGACAUCUUACAUCAAAUCAUCAAAGGCAUAUUCAAGGACCACCUUGUGGAAUGGGUGGAGAAAUAUCUUGUGCUUACUCACGGAUGCAGUGAGGCAGACUGCAUCUUAGAUGAUAUUGAUCACAGAAUAGCAGCUGUCACCUCAUUUUCGGGGCGGGGCUUCAAGCAAUGGACAGGCGAUGACUCCAAAGCCCUCAUGAAGGUGUACUUACCCACAAUCGAGGGACAUGUACCGACGGAUGUCAUUAAGACAUUCUGUGCAUUUCUCGAAUUUUGCUACCUCAUCUGUCGAAACACCAUCACCGAGAGCACCCUGGAUGAGGUUCGAGAUGCGCUGUCCCGUUUCCAUCGGUACCGCAAGAUUUUUGAAACUACUGAAGUUAUUUUUACUUUCUCACUGCCGCGGCAACACUCCCUUAUGCACUAUAUCCAACUUAUUCGGCUCUUUGGUGCCCCCAAUGGACUCUGCUUGUCUAUCACAGAGAGCAAGCAUAUCAAGGCUAUAAAAGAACCAUGGAGUUGUGGGAUGUUGAUUGGUACCUGUUUUUUAGUGGAACUCGAGGCACUCGAGACAAAAUGUGCCCGCAAUGUUUUGGCUCUUGCUGCAGAACUGUACCUUCCAUCUCUUCCUGACUUGAUCUGCCGCUUUCUUUUUGAGCAAACACACCCAAACGACAACCGAGACCCAUCAGAAAUUCCUAUUGCCGGCUGCCCCAGAUACAAAGGAAAAAUCUUGGUAUUCAACUCUGCAUGUUUGAGAUUCUAUGCACCAAGUGACCUUUGUGGUGUUGGUGGCAUGAAAGUGGAGCAUAUUUGUGCAUGUCCUUUGUGGCGGAAUGAGUUUCCGCACAAUGACUGUAUUUUCAUUAACACAGGAUCAAUCACAGAGGGCAUCCGAGGGCUUGAAGUUGCCAGGAUUUGCGCGUUCUUUUCAUUUAAAUAUGGUGGUCAAGUUUAUCCAUGCGCUGUUAUCCACUGGUUCGAUGUUAUUGGAAACUCACCUGAUGUAGAGACUGGAAUGUGGAUGGUUCGACCGGCCCACAGCGCCAACCAUGCACCUCUACACAGUGUCAUACAUGUGGAUACAAUCUACCACGCUGCUCACCUCAUCCCUAUCUACGGCUGUCAUUUCAUUCCCCUCAAUAUUAAUUUGCAUGUGUCUUAUGAUUGUUUUUGGGCUUACUACGUUAACAAGUAUGUCGACCAUCAUGCAUUUGAAAUUGCAUCAUGA